AUGACAGGAUAUUGCAACACAGUGAGAAAGUUAGAAAAGAAAUUCGAGGGACUGGAGCUUCAUCACAUCCCCCGAGCCAAGAACCAAGCAGCAGAUGAUCUAGAAAAGAUCGGGUCCACUCGGAAACCCAUACCCAGCAACGUGUUCCUGGAGCACCUUAAUUCCCCGACAGUGAAAGAAGAUCCCUUCACCGAAGAGCCCCCACAAGCAGUCGGUCCCUCUGAUCCGACUGAAGUCGAGGUCCCAUCAGUUAUUGACAUGGUCAUAGAGAUUCUGGCAAUCACGCCUGAUUGGACGGUGCCAUACAUCGCGUACCUGCUCAGGCAGGAGCUUCCAGAGGAUGAAGUCAAGGCCUGCUAG